AUGCCGCUCGACGUCACCACCCAGGACCUCGCCGCCAUGGAGCCAUUUGAUCGGACGGACUUCAUUCAGAGGGUCGACGAGGCAGGCCGCUCCGACUGCCUUCGGAUUGAGGCGCAGGCAAACCUCGCCGCUGGCAGCUGCCGCUAUCGCAUUGAGAAUUUGCCAGAGUCUGGAGGAGGCAGGCGGCUACAGGAGGGGGAAACCGACCAAGUGCGCCUCGUCUUCACCACUACGACGCCGACCGCACUCGAGGUCGAGGACGUGGUGAACGCGCUGCCGGCGUCCGUGGCGGAGGCGCAAAGCACAUUCGAGGGGCUCGGAGUGACGGACACCCUCGACGACUUUUACGAGCGGUGCGAGGAGGAGCGAGUGACCUUCAUCGCAGGCCUGGCCGAGGUGGGAGCACAGACUUGCCGCAGGAUCGAGGUUGAGAACAGCCUUGCUGCUGGCUCUUGUAGCGCAGACCUCGUCUUUCCGGAAGCGUAUGAAGCGCCACCCCCACCCGUGCCAGCAUGCAGCACUGACAGCCGGGCAGCCGCAGUCCUUGGUCGGAGGCGCCUCACGGCCGCGAGCCUUCGUUUCGUCUUCAUCAUAUCUGCACCCACGGGGCUGAUUGGCGAGGAGGUGGUCCAAAAGAUCGAGGAGCAGACGGGCUCCGCAGAAGCCGCCUCCGACUUUCUCGGGGCGCCCGGCCUCGCAUCCGGCCCGCCGGCGAUCAGCGUGUCCGUCUGCGACCCGGCGUCGGACCCGUGCUGCGGAGUCGAUCGGGGUGCCUGCAGGCAAGGCAUCGCCCCGACUCCGGCGUACUCGGGCGUCGUCUGGUCAAUCGCUGCUGGUUUGGGCUCCAUUUGCAUCUUUGGUGCGGUCGCCGGAGCCGGCUUGCUGAAACGGCUGAAGCGGCUUGGACGGCACCAGGGCAUCGGCAAGAGAGAGGACCGGCUCAGCGCUCUCACCUCGGCCGACUUAGCACAGAUAUGCGUGCUGGAGCCCACGGUCAGCGAGCUCGCGAGACGCAUGCGCGCCGAGUCCCGCCUUCUGUGGGCGGACCGGGCGAGCGACGUGGUGUGCGUGGACCUUACCGACGGCACCGCAUCGGAGGACGCCUUCAACCGCUUCGCCAACGUCGGCGUCCGCGACCUGGUCUUUGGCCGCCCCGCCGAAGCGGCGCUCGGCAUCUGCCACUACAUGUGCGUCGACGAGAGCACCCUUGGGGCGCGCAUCGCCUGCGGCGUCAGCGCCAUCGUCGAUGAAGUGACGGCCUCGGCCAACGCUUGCGACCUCGAGUGCCUGCAAUACGUGCUGGACGCGGAGGCGGGCUCGAGCGACCGCGGGUUCCAGGGGGGGCUGAGGCGCGACUGCGACGAGGAGGGCGAGGUGCUGGCCUGCCGCCUGGUGCCGGAUGGCAAGGGCGGCCAGCGCGGCAUGACGAUCGACGACUUUGUGGCGCACCCGAGCGCGCGGCAGUCGCUGCUGACCAAGGCCCACGUGGUUGCUCUGCGCCUCUACACCUCGGCGGCCUUCCGCUCGAUCAACGACCCGCUCCGCGACCGCGACCGCUACGAGAACAAGCUGCCGCACAAGCUUCCCGUCACGGUGGCGCUGCUCCGCGACGCGCUGGGCAAGCUCAGAGCGGUCGAAGCCAACCAAGGCUCGACGGGCGGCGGCGACGACGAGGGCGCCUUCGCCUCGCCGCGCAUCUCGCCGCGCGAGCUGCACCUCUACCGCGGCAUGAAGGACGUGCGUGCGCCGCUCGAGUUCCUCGCGCAGGGCGGCACGGAGCUGGCGCCCAUGUCGACCACCUCCUCGCUUGCGGUGGCGAUGAAGUACUCGGCCAGCCGGAACGCCGUGCUGCUCCGCCUCGUCACCGACUCGUUCAUCUCGCGCGGCCCGGACAUCUCCUUCCUCUCCGCCUUCCCGGCGGAGCGCGAGUUCCUCUUCCCGCCGCUCACCUACCUCGCCCCCACCGGCAACGUCGAGAAGAUAGCAGUCGGCGGGGCCAGCUGGGACGUGAUCGACGUCAAGCCGCACCUUUGA